AUAUAAAAUGCAAGAGGUUGCUGUUACUAGAGACUCUGCAGGAAGUAAUUUAACUCAGAUGCACAAUGAGAGGAAAAAUAAUGAUGAAUGGGGUAAACUUGUUCAUCUCCAAGCUGACAUGGAAAAGGAAAGUGUCAAAAGAAUGAAAGCUCAGAAUGACGAUAUUAUGAAGCAGUUGCGAUACGAAAAUGGAAUGAUCAACAGGGCUAAAAUGGAGAGGGAGAGAAAUCUUCGCUCAUUAGACCACUCUAUCGAUAAAGAUGAAGCUAAAGACCCCAAAAAUGUUAACCUCUUACCAUUCAUAGACGACUCAAGAGUUAAGACUCGUAAAGAGUACAUGAAGUCGCUUCGCAAAGAGAAUAAUGAGUUAAACAUUGAGAAGAUGAACCUUAAAGAAUAUCAGAAUAAAAUGAAGUUGAUUGACAGAGAGAAUCAAGACAAGUUCACCAAAGUUACAAAGAAUAUGGAGCAUUUGAUCAACAAAAAGAAUAAGAUGGAGAGUAUUGAGAUGGCUAACUUUUGGAAAAAGCAGCAACAAGAUUCACAAAAAGCUAGAGAAAUGGAAAAAGUUAAAGAUAUCGAAGAUGGCAAGAAGUAUUUCAAAUGGGUCAAUGAUUUUGCAGAGAAUUAUAAUCAUGAAAGAUUCAAGAUCUAUGAGAAAGGAGAUAAAACUUCUUCUAUAUCCCCUCAUAAUAAGAAUCGCAAGUUUUGCCUCAAUUCUGCGAAUUCAAACGAAUUAGGAUCGAGUAAUUACUCAAAUAACGCAAAUGGAUAUAAUCAGAAGAACCAAGAUAGCAAUAUAUCAAUCCGUACUGGGUCUGAUGCUGUAUAUGAAGAUGUAUUCAAAUAACGAUUAUACCAGUGGCAAGGUUCUCAGAGAGAAAUUUAAACAUAAAUACAUCGAAGAUCUCAACCAGCAACUAGAAGAGAAAAAGCUUAGAAAACAAAGAGAAAAGCUAAUGGAUCCUAGAGAAAAGAUAAUGAACCAGAAAUAUAUGACUGAUCUUGCCAAUGGAAAGAAUGCCAAUCCUAAUCCAAUACUUAGCAAUAGUAAUCUGAAGAUGAAGCUAGAUAGGAAUAACAGCCGCGGCCUAAUGACUCUGGAUAACAGUAUAAUGUACUCCCCUAACACUCCUCUUGAUGGUUAUACCAACAGUUCGCAUCUAGUCCUUCCUAAUCGAUCUAAAUCGAAUAUCCGCAUAAAUAAUUUUGAUACUAUAACCCCAGGAAACUCAACAGGAAGGAAAGACAACUUGAGCAGAAUUGCCUUGCCUCAGAGAAAACUGAUCAUGAACACUGGCAACAAUGUCUUAGGAAAUGGAUCGAUUCAUUCUUCCCAAGUUGACAGGAAAAUAGAUAGAGAUUCACUUAAAAAUUAUCAGGCUAAGAAUAGGAGGAGUAGCAAUCAAACUUUCGAUAGUUUUGGAAGGCUAGGUUUCAAAGAUAACACAAAGAACGACCCUAGUUUUAACGCUCAUUAUGAGUACAAUUUAAGAAAGUCUCCAAUCGGAAGGAGUUUAAACAACUCUGUGGAUAAUAUACGAAUUAAUGAUUUGAAAAUCAAUAAUCCUACUAUGAGAAACAAAGUGCAAAUUUCUAAGAGAGCUAGUGUAGAGGAAAUGAUCAAGAACAGGCCUCAAGUGGACAACAUUUCCAACCUAGUAUUUUGCCAAAAACAAUAGUCAAUAAUAAUUUUUAAAAA